CGUAGUUGCUUUGUAGGUACUGAAAGUUGCGCAAAAAGGGGUGUGCGAGUGUGCGGAGAGCUUACAGAGCCGAAGGAUCCUGGGGACAAUUUUGCAGCUGCUCUACGAUCCACUGGCUGUCUCAUCCGGAUCGCCCGAGAGUUAGUUUCUCUAGUCGUUUUAUUUUAUUUUAUUUCAUCUCCUUUGGUAUUUUUGCUGCCUUUCUGGAGUCUCCUCCCAUCCGACAGCAAUGAGGCAGGCUGUCCUGAUUAGCGCUGCUUUCCUGCUCUGUAUCUCCCUGGUGGCCUCCCGCUGCCCCGCCACGUGCCGAUGCCCCCCUGGCGGCCAGCCUCGCUGCCCCCCCGGAAUCAGCCUGGUGCUGGACGACUGCGGCUGCUGCCAAGUGUGCGCCCGGCAGCUCAAUGAGGACUGCGACCAGCUCUCGCCCUGCGACCCCCACAAGGGCCUGGAGUGCAAUUUUGGGGCCGACCCCUCGGCGAAUCGGGGCAUCUGUUGGGCAAAGCAAGAAGGCCGGACCUGCGAAUACAAUGGCCGCAUCUACCAGAACGGGGAGAAUUUCCAGCCCAGCUGCAAACACCAGUGCACUUGCAUCGACGGGGCUGUGGGUUGCCAGCCGCUCUGCCCGCUAGAGCUGCCCCUGGCCUCCCUGGGCUGCCCCAGUCCCAAACUGUUGAAGGUGCCUGGCCAGUGCUGCAAGAAGUUUGUGUGCAGCAAAGGACCCAAGAAGUACGGAGGGGUCACCUUUGAGUACAACACCAAUGGCGACUCCAGUGACAACGAGCUCAUCUACGUGGGCAAAGGCGGACACUGGAAAAACCUACCAGCGUGGAGGCCAUUCUUCCAAAGCCACGUGGCAAAGCAACAGCACAAGUGCUUGGCUCAGACUACGGACUGGUCGCCAUGCUCCAAGAGCUGUGGCUUCGGCAUCUCCACCCGCGUCACCAGCGACAACCCAAAGUGCAAACUGAUCAAAGAAACCCAGCUGUGUCAGAUCAGGCCUUGCGGGAAACCUGAUUUUUCCAAACUAAAGAAGGGCAAGAAGUGCUUGCGGACACACAAAGUGCGUGAGCCUGUGAGGUUCAGCUACGCCGGCUGCAAGAGCCCACGCCGUUACCAGCCCAGCUACUGCGGGUCCUGCUUGGAUGGCCGCUGCUGUGUCCCUCUGCGCACUCGCACCCUGAGCGUGCCCUUCCAUUGCCCGGAUGGGAGCUCCUUCUCCAAGAACGUCAUGAUGAUCCACACUUGCCAGUGCGGCCCGGCUCAUUGCCCGCUCCUCAGCGAACCUGCCAUGGGGCCCCGGUACCAGCUCAAUGGGGAUAUUCACAAAUUCCUGGAGUGAUGGAGCCCGCUACCCUUGGGAACCAAGUCAACCCAUCUCCAGUGACUCUGGAUCACCCCUAUGGACUUGAGGCUCCUCUGCCUGAUGUCGGGAGAAAACAGGACGUCCUAAACUUGCCCUGCUUCCAUGAAUGCAAAUGCGACUAAAAUUAGGAAAGGCAGCAUGGAUUUUGGAGGUGCACUACCGUAGUUCCUCAGUAUAUGGGUUGAUUACAUUGUGCUGUGCCUGGGAGUCUGGAGAUCCAGCGAUUUGAGGAAUGGAUCUCUUGUCGCUGGGUUCAAUCUCUCCAUUCAGCCCAGCCAGGCUCAGGCUGGAACUGGGCCUUUGGCAACAAAAUGGGAGAGUCAAACAAAGAGAUUUCCCCAUCACAGCCACCUUUAGGGCUCCACAGUCCAUGCUUUUGGUUACAGUGCUGGAAGGAAGGAGGAAGCACAGCCCUUGCGCACUAGGGAUAGCUGUAAAUUCUCUGGUUUGAGUUGCCAAAUCCCCAAGCUCUGAUAUCCUUAAGGUCCUUUGACUGGAAAGAGCAGAGGAGAACGCAAGGCAGAUAACCCACAGCUGGACUGGAUUGGGGUGAGGGGGAGUCAGAUCUGCCCUGGAUCCCUCCCUAAGAUCCUAUGGUCCUUUUUAGAUUGAAAUCUGGCAAUGCAACCUCAAGACAGCCCCACAAAGAAUGAAUUAGGAAGAGUUUCGGUACAGAGUUCAAAUUAAUGGUCAGUAGAGGAAGGCAUGGUGGAGUGGCAGUGCUCACUUGACCUCCAGGCAACUGAGUUGCUACUAUGGGUGGAGAGACAAGGCAGUGGGGAGGUCACCAUGGUGCAAACGCAGUGGCAGAGACAGACCGAAACUCCUGAUGUGUUUGCAUUGCGCUGACCUCCUCGAUGCCUUGCCCCUCCCCUUCCAGGUAAGCAGAAGCAACUCAGCUACCCAGAGGUCAGGUGAUUGCUGCCACUCUACCAUGCCGUCUGCUGCUGCUGCUGAUGUUGCUUUUUUAACCAUGUGAAUUAUUGAGAAAAUGGCCAAACAAAGGUUGACAGGGACCUGCUCCCCCUUCACUGCCUGCUGUUUGCACCUGUGCUUCUAAUUCCUUCCUUGUCUGCCUCAGUUGGAAACCUUUGCUUCCCAGUCUGUCCUCCUUUGAACCGAAGGGCUGCCUUGCCACCUACUCACAGCGCACCCUGGUGGUGAGAUGGUUUCCUGGAGAGAGAAACCUGUUGGCAAGGACAAUGCAGAAAGGGAAGGGCAUAUCCAUGCACAUUUGGCUUCUUUCUCCAGUUUGUGCUGUUUCCCAGCUCAUCCUUCUGCAUGUUGCCAAACUGUUAUUCAAACUUGGAUUGGGGGGAAUAUUUUUUAAAAAAUAAAAAUGUGGGGAAAAUCAGAGUAAACACACACAUUGCAGACUAGAAACAAACCCCUCUACCCCAAAGAGAGUUGAAGGAGAUUUUCUUUGUUAUUUCAACAACCUGCAGACCCUGUUUAUCCAGAUGAGAUGGUAGCAGAAGGGAAAUAUGUAUGCUCACUAUUGGAAAUAGUGCCUUUCUCAAAUCACUUUCUUCCUUUGAAAAUCAGCAUCUGCCUCCAGACUAAGACAUGUUGAUUUCCAGAACAGUCAUUUGUAAAAGGCAAUCCCCCAUUUGGGGAGAUUCUCCUCUCCAGCAAAUCUGUCGCACCAUGGCUAAGCUUAAAGAGCAUCUCCUCCUAGAUUUAUUGAAGCACUUUUAAAUAGUAAUAAUUAAUCAUGUUCCCUCUAUGUUCCUGGUGAGCAGCAACAGGGAUCGUCAGAGAAUAAGGUGCAAUGUUGGAACAGAUAUUAAACUGUUAAGUCAUAUUUAUGAGCGCAGCAAAGUAGGCUUUGCUACAAAUAAGGAGAUUUUAUUUUAUUUACCUUUUUUGCAUAAAUAUUAUAGCUUCAACGCUGGUUUGGAGUGUCAGCUAUUUAGCUUCAUAAUGAAGCCUUUCUUGCUUUGCAUCUUGUAAGCAGAGCUUUGAUUCCACUCUCCCUCUUGGAUCUUAAAAGUUGCUAGAAUGAAAUGUCUGUCAUUUCAUUCUGGUGUUUGUGCCUCUUUCUGUGUUCUCGGAGGUUUUGGUGUAGGAAAAUCAUGACAAAGGAGCUUGAUAUAAAAUGUUCAAGGGGGUGUGUGACAGGUAACUGAUGGGGUCUUAUGAACCUUGGUUGCUUUCUACAGCCAUCGUCCUUGAACUCCUUUCUUCCCACAGUAGGAGGAAAUUGGAUUUGCAAAACUAGCAGAACCUGACCUUAGUUGGAACUGAGGGGCUCUUGUUAUUUUCAAAAUGCAUUCUUGGGCUCUCAGUUAUGAUUUUAAGGCUACAAUCCUAUGCACAUUUUCUUGAGAGUUUGGCUCACUGAACUGAUUGGAUCUUACUUCUGAGUGAACAUGCACAAGGCUUCUUCAUGAGAUACUAGUAACCAUAUUUAUCACAUCCUCAUUAUUAGCAGCUGACAUAUAUUUAUAUAUUUAUUGUUUAAGAACCAGUUGUGCCAAAUGUCUUAAUGGUUUCUUUUUACAGGUGAACCAAUUUAGUAGAUAUGGGGAAUGCAGUAGGUUUUAUAUAGUUCGCUUUCAGUGUCGCUUUAAACAGUCUCAGCCCACUGCCAUUCUACCAUUUUGUACCAGACACUUCAAUGGAGCAAUAGAAGACUACAUAUACAUAAUGGAUUUGGCUAAGACUGAAUGGUGGGAGGCGGGGUUUCAAAUACUAUAGGGCAUAGGUUUUCAACCUUUUUGAGUCCACAGCUUCCUUGACCAACUACAUUCUUUCUGCAGCACCCGUGUGGGGCUCAGGAGCCCAGUUAUGUCACCCCUUGCCUGCAGAUCUGGCAGCCUCUCACACUUUUUCAAACACCCUCCCUUGUAGAGUGUUCCCUCAGCCUCCUCUCCUCUCCCAUCUCCUUAGGAGUCCUCUGGGCAGCCCCUACUGCUGUCCCUGGUCUCUGAGCAGAGGCAUCAUUUGCCUGUGGAGCUUAUAGGCUGGGCUGCUGCAACAAAAAACUGUGCAAGCCUUUGGGAGGCAGAGAGACAAGAGGGCAUCAGAGGAGGGAGGGAAGGAAAGAGGGGCGGAGGCCAGUGUUGCCCGUGGCACCCCUGACCAUCAUUCAAGGCACCCCAGGGUGCCAUGGCACACUGGUUGAAAACCACUGCUAUAGGGAAUCAACAUGAGGUGAUUUACAGUAAAUGGGAACAGUGGUGGAUCUUGGUGUCUCAACUUUAAGCGGUCAGAAUCCGCCUGCCCCCCACCUCUGGCGCCAUCAAACCGGUUGCGCUCUCCUAGCUCUGCUUUUGAUAGGAAUGCUGAUCUGAAAACAUUCAAACCAAAUUCACCAAAGGUGAAUGCUAAAUGCUAUCCACUCCAAUAACCCUACAAGGAUAUAAUAAAUACAAAACAUGAUGAAAAUCACCAGCAUACGACACUCCCUGAAGAUACUUGGAUUCUAGUAGCUCCCAAAAUGAAUAGGUUAGCAAUAUGUCAUCAUUUUGCAAGGGGGUAGAAUAAGAAAUAUGCCAUUAAUGCUCAUUUUAACAGAAAGAUGGUAAGAUUCUGUAUUGGUUAAAUCUCAUUUUAAGGAUACAAAGGAACGCCAGAAGCUUCUAUACACAGUCUCAGACCACUUGGCCUUGUAUUUGCUAGCCAGACUUGACACCAGCUGUCCUGGGUGUCAGAGAGGAGUUCGUAACUGUACAACAAGCUUCAAAACCUGGAAAGAGACUUACCUUGGGUCACAGUGCCUAUAGAGCAGGAGAGGGGAUCUUACAGCAGUGUGACUUUACUGCCAUCUAGAGGCCACCUUCUCUGUAAAAGCCAGGUUGGCUGCCUGAACCAUGCAUGGAAUGUGGUUUUUAGAGUUAGAGAUCAAAACCUCUUGCUUUUAGACCAGCUUUUACAAAUAGGAGAGGGGUAAAGUAAUUUAGCUAUGUCUCCUCAAACAAUGACAAUCCAGUUCUUGUCUUCUGGAAUUAGCAUAUUCAUUUACUCUUUCUGUCACACAAAAUCUGUGAGAAGUGUCACCUUUGGGAUUAUGGAUUUUCUGUUUUUAAAUGUUUUAAAAGAGGUAUCUUAUGGGGCCAGAACCAGCAACAAGAUCCCUAAAAGAUGUCAUGAAAGUGCGCUAAUAAUAAUAAUAGUUCAUUGUA